AUGGCGCGACGGACAGCCGGAUUCAUUAGCAAGCGACCUCACAAGAAGUCACGUGGAGGCUGUACGACCUGUAAGAGGAAGAAGGUCAAGUGCGAUGAAGCCCUACCUUCUUGCGCAUAUUGUGCGCAGCGGGAUUUCGAAUGCAUAUACCAGCGCAGCCCGAACAGUCAGAGGUCCCCUUCAGACACCAGCGAAGUGCCAGUAGAAGCAUAUGACCCAGUAUCGCAAGAUAUAGAAGAGAUAGAUAUAGAGGAUUUCAAUUAUUUGGGAUCAGAAUCAUCCCUAAACCUCCUGCCUGCUGCCCAGACGGCGAUUGGGACGCUUGCAAGUCACGAAAUAGAGCUGUUGAAUCAAUACCAGGCUACCACCUGGACCACUGUGACCGUUCGUAAAGAAGAGCCGAUAGUGGAGUACCUUACGAAGACAUGGGCACCUCAAGCUGCACUAUCCAAUCCACAUCUUCUAUAUACAAUCUUGAGCAUCUCGGCGAGCCAUUCAAACAGCCUGGUGCCAUCUCCAAGGAAGCGUCACUUGGCCGACGUCUAUCGCCAAAAGGCAUUCUCAGCCUACAACAAAUCCCUCCAAAACAUUACGAACGACAACUAUGAGACCGUUCUACUGGCAUCUAUGUACAUUCAAGUAAUGGUUCCUCCUCCCACAUUGCCAUGUACCGACGCGGAAAUGCUAGCUUGGGUCUCAAGCAUGAUGCACAUUACGCAGGGCAUCAGAUUAAUUGCAGGAUUGAAAUGGUCUUUUGGAUUCGAACACCUCAAUGUUUUCCCUCUAUUCAAACGAGAACUAUGUAUCUUACCCCCGCCACCUGAUACCCUGUCGACAGAGUGCAAGCACAUGCAGGAUCCACACCCUUCAUCCAGAGGAGACUCACCAAGCUCGCCCAAUCAUCCCACAUUGUACGAAACACCGUCCAAGUCGUCUGCUGACACAUCAUCCCGACCACACUCUAACUCUGUGUUCUUACCCCCAGCUCUCACAGCUCUCCUAGACUCCAUUACCACACCACCAGAUACUGGACCUCUAGAUCUGCAUCGAGGCACUCUGCUCCGCGCACUCCACGCCUUGUCACCCAUGUUCCUGACCAUAUACCAUUACCAUCUCAGCACGGAUCUAUAUGUCCGAGUAUCUGCUUUCCCCACCUUUCUUACGAAGGAAUUCCUAGUUCUUGUCAGUGACAGGGAGCCGAGAACCCUAGUGGUCGUAGGCUGGUGGCUGGCAUUCUUCAAACUCUUACCUACCGGUUGGUGGUUCAAGGACGUGAUACCAAGGGCGCUACAGAGUAUUAGCAAUCUCAUCAUGCGGAGCAACAAUAAGAUACUCAUGGAUGCUAUAGAGGGGGCGUAUCGGAUGGUUAGGUUAGAAGCAGUCAGAGGGAAAGAGGCAGCUGCUCGAGGGAUAUUUGAGGAUUGGAAUGGGGUGGAUUGGAAGCAUGGGAUCAGUAGUGUUUGGGAGGUCGAUGAAUUUGCAGACCUUGGAGGAUAG